GUGCUGUAAAGUCUUGAAAUUUUCGCACAAUGUCUGCAAUUUUUCUCAUUUGACUUACAAUUAUAUGUGCAAAGGUUUGAAUAGCUUUUAAACACCAAAAUGUCAAGAAGUGGAUCAGCGAUUGGACGUUCAUUUUUGGACGAUUUAUUGGCCGAUGAUUUGGAUAAACCGAAUACAACUCCGAGAAGAAAAUCUGUCCGUUUUAUGGAUAGCGAUGACGAGAAUAACGACAUAUUUGGCAAAGAUUUGAUGUCAACGGCAGCUAAUCGUCAGACAUCAGGAAGAGAUCGGCAAAGAGGUAUCGAUCCGUCGGAGUGGACACAAAGCGAUGCACUGAACACUAGUAGCAAACAAAAGUCUGGCGGCAAAUCUGAUUGGCUUGGAUUAGAUAAUGAUGACGAACCCAAUCGGCCGAACGCACAGAUAUCGCAAGAUGUAAUACAAAAGCCAUCGAUCGAUCAAAAAGAUGAUUGGCUUAACUCAGGACUAAGUGCCAGAAAAAGCAGAUCAACGACUGAACCAUUGAGACCAACGAUUGAUCCGCUCGCGGAAAGAGGAGAUGAAAACUCGUGGACAACGAUCAGGAAAAGAGCCGAAGAGUCAAAACUGAAAGUUCACGAACAAAAAGAAGAUAAGACAACAACACAACAACUAAUUGACAACAAAAUUCCUGUCAAUUCAAUGACAGCUAAAGCGGAGAUAGACUCGACUCCAAUCAAACCAAACGAUCAAAUGAUGCAAAAUUUGGCAAACAAUCAGACCAUAGAUAAGAUGUUGGAUACAAAUAAUUCUCAGGCGAACUCGUCUUAUCAUAUGCUCCUUCAGACUCAGAUAAAAAUGCUUGAAUUGGAGAAAACAUAUUUACAGCAAACGUUAGAACAAAUCAAAUCAAAUCAUAGCCAAGAAAUGAAAAUUAUGACUGAAUUGCAUGAGUGAGUCCC